AUGGAGAAUAGUAAUAAUACCAAUAUUUUUAUUAUUUUUUUAUCAUUUUUAAUGAUAGUAUUGUCAAUUACAUCGAUUGAACUACCAUGGCAAAGAAUCUUUUUAAGUGGUAAAUUUUUAGGGAUGAAAAUUUUUGAUCUUACAGUUGAUCAUGAAUUAUUUGAUUCAGGUAUUUAUUAUCCUACACGUCUGAAUGAAGUGUGGAUUGAAAUAACAUCAAAUUCAAUUAAUAAUGGAAUAAUGACUUGUAUGGGAAUUAAUAUUUUAUCGUUAGUGAUUAUAUUGAUAAACCCAUUUAAAAGAUUUUUUAAAUUCAUUUCAGAUUCUCACUAUCUCUUUAUUGAGAAGAUUUUAAUUAGAUCUCUAUCAGUUAUGAUUGUAAUAUUUUAUAUUUUAUCAACUACAAUUGGAUUAAUGUUAAGUGGAACUUAUUGUCAAGUUACGAAAUCAAGUUUUGAUAGUACUGAUGGUAGUACUCUUUCAGAUGAAAGUUGUUAUUCUUUAGAUAUGUUUUCAAAAUCACAUAUACAAGAUUUAGUUAUUCGUUCAACUGAAGUAUCUUCAAAACCAAUGAAAGGAUGGUACCUUUCAAUAGUAUUAUUAUUUUUAAGUUUAAUUUUAGCAGUAAUGGUUUUCAUUAGAUUUAAAAGAAUUUCUCCAAAAUUGGUUGAUUUAGGUUAUAGACAUUAUUUAACAAAUAACAAAUCCUCCUCAAAUAAUGAUACUGGUAGUGAAGUAAUUGGUCUUAGUUCAAAUGAAUCUGAUAAUAUUGCCACUGUAGAAAUUGAACCAUUACUUUAA